CAAGCCCGUCUCAGUUCACCUCUCCGCCGCCGCCGAGCUCUGCGGCUCCCAGCCUCGCCGCCGCGGCCGCGGCCGGGGAGAGUUGGGGAGGCAUGCCAAGGGACGGCGUUCGGUCUGCAGGCGAGCAGCCUGAGCGGCGCCGUCCGUGGUGGGGCGGAUGGGGAGCGACGCGCACCUCUGCGACGAUCCCGACGACGCCUCCGCCCCGGCCCUCCUCGACCGUCUCAGUUCACCUUUCCUAGCAGCGCUCGGACUGAUUUAUGGUCAAGAUUUGGCGGCAUGGUCCCCGGAGGGUUCAGCCUUCCUUAUACUCCUAUUUCAGAGUGGCCGCAGCGUGCGAAAUGGCCAAUGAGAGAGGUGGCUAGAGGAGAUAUUGAGCCCGAGGCAGAGCAUCCUCUGUUCCCUCACAUCAGGGAGGGGGUGCCGGCUCCAGUGGCGACAGACGGUGCUUCUUCGAUGGCUGGCGGCUAGGCAGAGACGUUGUCGAGGAAACCUGAUGAACGGCGGCAGGUACAACAGGCUCCCUACACCUGGAUCUUAUUGGCCGUUCCACAAGCAAGGAUAUUGAAAAUUAUUAACCAAGGUUCCAAGUAGAUUGCUAAAUUUGGUCAACCAGCCUGGCAGCAGAUACGAAGAAUAUGAGUUCAGUGUAAGUAAUCGUACAAAUCUUCUGAUUCUCUUAUUUGCUUGUGAUCCUGCUAUCUGUAUCGUAAACUGUUUAUGAUUUUUCUGUGGAUGAGGGCAACUAUGCAAUCCAUAUUAUUUCUGGUAGAUGGUCCAUCAGUGAACUCUAGAACUAAAGAAUUAGCAAGUCUUCAAUGAGCUCAAAAGGUACAUACAGACCAAAGCACGCAUCAGGGAAUAGGAUUGUUCUCUAUUCCUUUUCAUUUUCAGAGGGAGAUGAGAUCACAUUCUUUCCUUCUCUCUGGUUCCUGGAUUUCCCUUUCCCUUUACAGCAAGAAAGACUUGAGAUUCUUUUUCUUGACCCUUGCCUGCUGGCAAAGUUAAAGCUAACGUGUGCUGUGUUGCGUGCAUUACCACAAUUAAGCAAGGUAGAUGAUCCCUUUCCAUCUCGGUGGAGCAUGUGUCGUGUCAUAAAUAACAUAUGGCCAUGCAUGAGUUGGUAGCUGCGUCAUUUCUGGCACGUGCUGUCUUCACACCUCCUCCAAUUGGCAUACAACUUGAGAGAGAAAACGUACGGUGAAGACGAACAACAUGGCGCAUGUAGCCGGUUUGCUCGCCUCGGCUGUGGUCUCAGCGGUGGGCAAUAAGCUGGGUUCCGCCAUUGGGGAUGAGGUCACGAUGCUGUGCAACUUCAAGGACGACCUCAAGGACAUGAAGGACACAUUGCAGUACAUGGAGGCGGCGCUCAAGGAUGCUGAGAGGCGGUCUGUCAUGGAGGAGUUGGUGCGGCUGUGGCUCAACCAGCUCAAGAACGCUGCCUACGACAUCUCUUACAUGCUCGAUGAGUUCCAAGUUAACAGUGAACCAGCCUCCAGAAAGAUGAUUGGGAAGCUGGACUGUUUUGCUAUUGCACCCAAGAUUACCAUGGCUUAUAAGAUGAAGAAGAUGAGAGGUCAGCUGAGGAAGAUCAAAGAGGAUCAUGAGAGUUUCAAAUUCACACAUGAUAACUCGAGCCUAAUUAAUGUGCAUCAGCUUCCCGAUCCACGGGAAACAACGUCACAUGUCAUUGAAUCACUCAUCAUAGGGAGAGACAAAGACAGGAUGAAUGUCCUUUCUUUGUUAUCCAAAAACAACAACAACAAAGAAGAUAUCACAGUUCUUCCUAUUUGUGGGCUUGGAGGCAUAGGAAAGACAACUUUGGCACAACUGGUCUUCAAUGAUGCUCAGUUCAAAGAUUAUGAUCAUCGGGUAUGGGUCUAUGUAUCCCAGGUGUUUGACUUGAAAAAAGUAGGGAACUCCAUAAUUUCUCAAGUACUGGGGAAAGGAAGCCAGAAUCUAGAUACAAGGCAGUUGAUAGACCAACACCUUAAAGAUCUGCUUCGAGAUAAAAAAACUUUAAUUGUUUUAGAUGACCUAUGGGAGACAGAUUACUUCCAACUGGAUCAACUCAAGCUUAUUGUGAAUGUAAGCUCCAAGAUGAAAGUCCUAGUUACAACACGCAGCAUAGACAUUGCAAGAAAAAAUUGUACUGUUGAACCAUACAUGUUAGAUCUCUUGGACAAUGACAUGUGCUGGAGAAUAAUCAAGCAAAAUAGUGGCUUUGAAUCUAGAGCUGAUAAAGAGCAAGUUAAACCAAUUGGACAGAAGAUUGCAAAGAAAUGUGGAGGUUUGCCAUUAGCAGCUCAAGCACUUGGAUUCUUGCUAUUUGGAAUGGAUCUUAGUGACGGGAAAGCAAUGUCUAAUAGUGAUAUUUGGGAUGAACCGUUUUCUGAUAGUACAGUGUUACCAUCCUUGAAGUUAAGUUACAAUACUUUGCCACCAUAUUUGAGGUUAUGCUUUGCCUAUUGUGGCAUCUUUCCUAAAGGUCACAAUAUAAGUAAAGAUGAUCUUAUCCAUCAAUGGAUUGCUCUGGGUUUCAUCGAGCCAUCUAAUAACUUUUCGGCCAGACAACUUGGCGAGAAGUAUGUUACACAAUUCCUGGGGAUGUCUUUCCUUCAUCAUUCAAAAUUUGCUGAGAAAUUUGGAAAAACAAUGUUCACCAUGCACGAUCUAGUUCAUGAUCUCGCAAGAUCAGUCAUUACCGAAGAGUUGGUUGUCUUUGAUGCUGAAAUAGUGAGCGAUGCUACAAAAAAAGAAUACCGCAUCUAUGCAUCUCUCGCAAAUUGCAAUAUUUCAGAUUACAGCAAGGUGAGGAAGGCGUCAACUAUUUUCCGACCCAAGUUAAGGGCGAUGCAUUUUUCGGAUUGUGAAUUCCAUGGCGGUGCAUUUUCAUUUCCAAAGUGCUUGCGAGUCUUGGAUCUAUCUGGAUGCUCCAUCACAGAGUUUCCAAGCGCUCAAGGACAACUGAAGCAACUGGAGGUUCUUAUUGCUCCAAAGCUACAAGAUCAUCAAUUUCCCGAUAGCAUCACUCAGCUCUCCAAAUUACAUUACCUGAACCUCAAUGGAUCACGUGAAAUAUCAGCAAUACCAAGCUUGGUUAGCAAACUUGUGAGACUGGCGCAUCUUAACUUAUCUUAUUGUACUAGUGUCAAAGUCAUACCAGAGACUCUGGGAAGCCUAAAAAACAUUCAAACACUAGACCUCUCAUGGUGUGAGAAACUCGAGUCCAUUCCAGAGAGCCUUGGAAACCUGCAAAACCUUCAAAUACUAGACCUCUCGUGCUGCUUUGAACUAAAGUGCCUUUGAGAGAGCAUUAGAAGCCUCAAAAACCUUCAAACGCUCGACCUGUCAAGCUGUUGUAAACUAGUGUCCCUUCCGAAGAACCUUGGAAGCCUCAAAACCCUUCAAACACUUGACCUCUCAGGGUGUAAUAAGCUAGAGUCCCUUCCGGAGAGCCUUGGAAGCCUCAAAA